AUGCACCCCGCAGGCGAGCAGGCAGGGGCGGAGUAUGUGGCGGUCAGGCUCCUGCCCGAUGGGGAGGGCUUCAGGCUGCUCCUGGACUACCUGCUGGAGGAUGACAUGAGCUCCCAGGGCUCGUCUGAGAUGUCCAUCGAUGACUUUGUGGACAUAAGGGAGAUGCUGGAGGCUGCAGACAUCGAUGACGAGGACGGCCCUGGGGACGGCUCGGUGUCAGCAGCCAACCAGGCUGCGACGGCCCUGCUCGGAAAAGAAACCCUGGCGACAGACGUGCCUGUCAUCGACGCAGAGGAGGCUAUCACCCAGGCCGGGACCAUCCAAGGGGUCUUGGAGGGCCUCAUCGUUGUUAAAGCCAGCGCAAGCGCCCCGGCGCUGCACCUGGGCACCUGGCUGGUGCUGGCCGACCGCUCGCCGCUGGGCGUGGUGGAGGACGUGUUUGGACCGGUCCUGUCGCCCCUGUACGCGCUGCGGGCCGGCGGCGAGGGGUGCGGGACCGGGGCCGGGCCUGGCGACCCCGUGUUCAGCGUCGACCGCCUGGCAGAGGUGGUGCCCACGGAGGAGCUGCGGGCGGCGCGCUACGACGCGGCCGAGGAGGAGGUGGGGGAGGAUGGCCCCGACCCCGACGCCACCUUCUCCGACGACGAGGCGGCCACCCCCGCCUCCAGGGGCCCCGCCUCCCAGGACAGGGUUGUAUUGUUGAGCUCGGAUGGAGAAACAUUUGAGGUGUCCAGGGAGGUCGCGAGGAAGUCUGUCACCAUCGAGAACACCAUCGACGGCACAGAGACUGGCACGGAGGACCCCAUCCCUCUCCCGAACGUCUCCUCCAAGAUACUGCGCAAGGUCAUCGACUACUGCCAGUAUCACAUAGACGCCGAGCAAAAGGACGGAUCAGACAAGACAGUCAAGAGCGACGCAGAGAUAAAGUCUUGGGACAUCGCCUACACAGACAUCGACCAAGGGACGCUAUUCGAGCUCAUCCUGGCUGCCAACUACUUGAACAUCAAGCCCCUCCUGGACCUGACAUGCUUGACGGUCGCCAACAUGAUCAAGGGCAAGUCGCCAGAGGAAAUCCGGCAGCACUUCAACAUCGUCAACGACUUCACCCCAGAAGAGGAGGAGGAAGUCCGACGGGAGAACCAGUGGGCCUUUGAGUGA